AUGAACGGUUUUGGUUCCCCUUAUGGCCAGCCGGCUUCGGCCUGGCAAGAGCACCACACGCCUGAUGGACGAGCCUACUACUACAACGCAACUACGAAGGCGACGCAAUGGACGAAGCCAGAGGACAUGAUGAGCCCCGCCGAGCGCGCUCUUGCAAACCAACCAUGGAAGGAGUACACUGCUGAAGGAGGACGAAAAUAUUGGUAUAACACUGAGACGAAACAGAGCUCCUGGGAAAUGCCCGAUGUUUAUAAAACAGCUCUCGGUGCAACAAGCCAGCCCGCCACUCCGGCUGCCGCAACUCCUUUCACGCCUCCCGCCAGCGCCGGCGGUUACUCCCAGGCACCUUACGAUCAGCACCGUGAUCAGCGCGACACAUACCCUGAGUCUCGUCAGAUUACAUACGGGAACGAUCCCAAAGUCCAGGCUUUUGUGCCUGCAGCAAACGAUCCUGAAUACGCGACCGCCGAAGAGGCUGAAGCUGCCUUUGCCAAACUUCUUCGACGAAGUGGAGUUCAACCGGACUGGACUUGGGAACAGACAAUCAGAGCCACUGCGCGUGACCCUCAGUUUCGUGCCAUUAAGGAUCCCAAAGAUCGCAAGGCCGCUUUCGAUAAGUAUUGCCAGGAUGUGGUGAUCCAGGACAAGGAGCGAGCUAAAGAGAGACUGGCCAAACUCCGUGCUGACUUUGAGACCAUGCUCAAAAGGCAUCCCGAGAUCACUCAUUACACCCGCUGGAAGACCGCGCGUCCUAUCAUCGAAGGCGAGACCAUUUUCCGCUCUACCAACAACGAGGACGAGCGUCGACAACUCUUUGCAGAGUACAUCAUCGGCCUAAAGAAGGCACACGCAGAGCAGCAGACAUCUAUGAGGAAGAACGCUAUGGACGGACUCAUUGAUCUACUUCCCAAGCUCAACCUAGAGCCUUACACUCGCUGGGCUGAUGCUCAAGGUAUCAUUUCAUCUACCCCGCCCUUCCAAAAUGACGAAAAGUACCAGGCUCUUACCAAGUUUGACAUUUUGACUGCUUUCCAAAACCACAUGAAGGCCCUGGAGCGCAGGUUUAACGACACGAAGCAAGAAGAGAAGAACAAGAAACUCCGCAAGGAACGAAAGGCACGUGAUGCCUUCAAGUCCCUCCUCGGCGAGCUCCGCCGCAAUGGCAAAAUCAAUGCCGGAACAAAAUGGAACCAGAUCGUUCCCCUCAUCGAGAACGAUACCCGCUAUACCGACGCCGUCGGUCAAAGCGGCUCGACCCCUCAAGAGCUGUUCUGGGAUGUCGUUGAGGAAGAGGAACGUGGUCUACGUGGGCCCAGAAACGAUGUUCUAGAUGUUCUUGAAGACAAGCGGUUUGAUCUCACACCCACGAGCAACUUUGAAGAGUUCCUCUCCAUCAUGAAAGAUGAUCGACGGACUGCUAACAUUGAUCCGGACAUCCUCAAACUCGUCUUUGACCGACUUCGCGAAAAACGCUCGUCCAGACGGGACGAUGACCGACAAUCUGAGCGCCAGCAACGAAGGGCUGUCGAGGAUUUGCGCGCAUACAUGAAGCGCAUGGAGCCUCCUAUCGCUCUCAGUGAUACAUAUGACAAGGUACGACCUCGACUCUUGAAAUCAGAUGAGUUCCAGGCCAUCGCAUCCGAAGAUGCUCGACGAAAUGCCUUCGACAAGCACAUCCGACGUCUGCGAGAGAAGGAUGAUGAAGCGGACCGAAGCUACAGACGACACGAUCGUGUGUCUAGCGAGAGAGACUUGCAUCGCCGUGAGCGUGAGCGAUCUAGAGGUGAGCGAUCUCAUCGUAGCGGUGGACGUGGUUCUCGACGAAGUCGCAGUCCGGAGCCAGAUGCAUACGAAGCGGACCGACGCAAAGCUAUCGCCGAGCGAGAGCGCAACCAUCGAAAGUCCACCAUGGCCGAAGGUCUCUUGGGAUCAGACCGCAGUCGCCUGUCGCCGCCACCUCGCCGUGAGCGAGAACGAGAGCGCGAGCGUGACCGGGAACGAGACCGAGACUACGACCGACCUGCUCGACCACGCCGCGAUGAUGACAGCUACUAUGACCGUGAACGAAGGGACCGGGAAGAUGAGCGCGAGAGAUCGUAUCGUCGUCGUGCUGACCGCGGAUCGCAUGAUGAACUAAACUAUGGAGACGAGCGACCCUCUGGAUCCCGACGACGUCGUCCCGAUGACGAAGAAGACAAUGCUCGCCGUGACUCACGCGACGCCAAGAGAGUUAAAAGAGAGCGAUCUCGGGAGCGCACGCCACCUCGUGUUGAAGAACGUCCGCGUAAGAAAACCCCUCCUCCUACAACUAAGGACGUUCAUUCGGGAAGUGAAGAGGGUGAGAUCGAGGAGGAUUAG